UCAAUCGCAAUGUAGUUUCAAACACAAUCUUUCAAAGUUUGACUGGGGAAUUGAGGUGAGGAUGCAAACAGUGCCGCUGUCGUUUGGAAAAAGGAAGAGAAAAAAAUACGUUAUAAAAAUAUAUCAACCUGGGAUUUGUUCCGAGACAAAUGGUCUUCGUUCAAGAUUAACAUUGAAUAAUAAUGGUGGAGAUAAUUGAGUAAAAUCUAUCAAUUUCAACGAUUAAAAGGAUAAUGUAUUCAAUCGAUUUAGAUUUUUGUCGCUUGGAUUAGUUCUGCAGCCUUCUCAGUCAUGCAGUUAGAAUUCCGAACAUUGAUGUUUGGAAUUGUAACACUGCUGGUUAUAUUUCUGAUAAUUGCUGAUAUUGCUGAAGUCCAGGAAGAAAUUGGGAAUAUUGGAGGUUCCAGAACAUUGUACUUGCACAGCCUCAUCCCCAAGCUCAACAGAAAUGUAGCAGUGAAAGCCAAUCCUACACCUUUAGGCAAUGAAGGGGAGGAAAAGAGUCCUGCUUCUCCUUCAGGCUUGAAGAAUGCCACCAGGCUCCCUUCAGAUAACUGGACCUUCAACAGAACCCUCUCCAGCCUCAUCAGGAAGAACAUCCUGGGGUUCUUUGACCCAGAGAGGGACAUCUCUAUUCUGAAGGGCACAUUGAAACCUGGAGAUGUCAUCCACUACGUCUUUGACCGUCAGAGCACUACCAACAUCUCAGAGAACCUGUACCGGUUGCUACCCACUGCAUCCCCCAUGAAGAACCAGCACCACGGAAGCUGUGCCAUCGUAGGGAACUCUGGGAUCCUACUCAAUAGCAGCUGUGGGCCAGAGAUAGACUCCCAUGACUUUGUAAUCAGAUGUAACCUGGCACCAGUGGAAGAGUAUGCUGGGGAUGUGGGGCGGCGCACCAACCUAGUGACCAUGAACCCAUCGGUGGUGCAGCGGGCCUUCCAUGACCUAGCCAGUGAGCAGUGGAGGGAGCGCUUCCUGCAGCGGCUCCGGGGCCUCAGCGGCAGCGUGCUGUGGAUCCCAGCCUUCAUGGCCAAGGGAGGAGAGGAGAGGGUGGAGUGGGCAAUCCGUCUCAUCCUGCUGCACACGGUGGAUGUGCACACCGCCUUCCCCUCACUGCGCCUUCUCCAUGCUGUCAGAGGGUAUUGGCUGACUAACAAUGUCCAGAUCAAGAGACCCACUACUGGUCUGCUGAUGUACACCAUGGCCACUCGCUUCUGUGAGGAGAUCCAUCUGUAUGGCUUCUGGCCUUUCCCUCGGGAUUCACAGGGGAAACCAGUCAAGUACCAUUACUAUGACACUCUGACCUACGAGUACACAUCCCAUGCCAGUCCACACACUAUGCCAUUGGAGUUCAGGACACUGAGUUCACUCCACAGACAGGGGGCGCUGCGACUCAACACUGGCUCUUGUGAUGCAGGAAUGUAAUCUAAAAAAGCAGCAUGGAAUGUACACUGAGUAUACCAAACAUUUCGAUCACCUUCCUAAUAUUGAGUCACAAAGUUGGCUGGAUGUCCUUUGGGUGGUGGACCAUUCUUGAUACACAAGGGAAACUGUUGAGUGUGAAAAACCCAGCAGGGUUGCAGUUCUUGACAUAAACCGGUGCACCUGGCACCUACUACCAUACCCUGUUCAAAGGCACUCUCUGACUGGCACACAUACACAAUCCGUGGCUCAAUUGUCUCAAGGCUUAUAAAUCCUUCUUUAACCUGUGUCCUCCCCUUCAUCUAUACUUAUUGAAGUGGAUUUACUAAGUGACAUCAAUAAGGGAUCAUAGCUUUCACCUGGAUUCACCUGGUCAGUCUGUCAUGAAAAGAGCAGGUGUUCUUAAUGUUUUGUACACUCAGUCUUUUUGGGAAAAGACCUCUUUCUGAGUUGAUGUCUAUCAGACACAGACAUCUCAAAGGAAAUAGUUUCAUUGUAUGAAACUGUUACAGGACACUUUAAUGAAGCUAUGAAUUGAGUUCCAUGACCGUAUGUAGGAUCAUGCAUGUCUAAUUUGGGCUCAUAUUGUUGCCCUACAAGAGACAUGAGCAGUGAAUAAUUUUGAAAACAUGUUUACAGUAACCUGUGAAAAUGAUCUAAAACAUAAACGUGUUGCUUUGUUCAUUGUUAAAUCAAACUAAUUGGUGUUGGUAGGCAAAUUGCUUCUUUGUCAAUGAGAAGACUGAAAAUGUUAUUGCAUUUACAUGGCAAGUGUGUCAUCUAAAAUGAAUGUAAUUACAACGUUUAUAAAUACUUCCUCCAAGGGCAAUGUGAAUUGAACUAUAUCAAUAAUCAAUUUUGGUCAAUAUUCCUUUGAAAUAUACAAUAAAUCUACUUCAUCAGUACUGUUGGAGACAUCAUGUUAUAUCAUAUCAUAUUAGACAGAUUGAAGGCAGGAACACCAGUCUGCAGGGCACUGGUUGAACCACAAGAUGGAAGCACUUCUUCAUAGGGAAGCUAGCUAUAUGUAAUAUUAUUGCAUUGUCUUACAUUUUAAAAAUCCUUAAUAUAUCUACAGUAAUAGUGAAAUGAUAGUGUUUAACAAUAUUUCCACAAAAUGUUUUAUUGGGCUCACACAAAAUUGCAUUCUAAUGGUGUAGGCUUCUUAUUGAUUAGCAAAAGACGGAUCGUCUCUUGUUGUCAAAUUGACUGGGGCCAGCAAAUCUCUUGUUGUCAAUUCAACAACGGACCAGUGAAUUUGACAAGAGAUUUACUGGCCCCAGUCAAUUUGACAACAAGAGAUUUGCUGGCCCCAGUCAAUUUGACAAGAGACAGUUCAUUGUUGAGUUGUUACAUGUAGUACCUUUAAUUAGUGAACAUGGGUUCAACUACAUGCUAAUAUACAUAUUUGUGAUGGUUUGUAAGCUUUCACUUUAAACUGGGAAUUUGAUCAUUGAAGUAGUAGGUGUAGGCCUAGUUUCUUAUCUUGCCAUAACUUCUUCCUUAUCAGGGAAACUGUGUGUUACAAGGAAUGACACAAUUGCAUUUCUUUCCUUCUGUUCUGUUUGGAGUUUGGUGUAUAAUGAGUCUUUGAAUAUAGUGUGUUCACUUAUGUUUUAUUUUCAUUCGAUUUGGAGAUAAGAGGUAACUGCACACAGAAAUCCCUGGGUAAAGCAUGAAUGGCUGAAAAUACAGCACAUUCGUAAUCAAAACAAUCAAAACAAAAACAAGAUGGUUUCAUUGAUCCUACAGAUGAUCUACAGAGGCCACAGCAAGUGUUGUAGACAACAACCAGUUGCUUUGUGAGAGGACCCUCUUCAAGCCACAGGACUCCAGUCAUCCAGGGCAGACAUGGGCUAUUAUUAGUUUACCUAGAGUGCUCAGUCAAAGGCAGUAUAACGGAGUAAUGUUGAAAAGAGGCACUCAACUGGUGUGGAAAAUUUGAGAUAAUACAGUCCAACAGGGAACACACCCAGCUGUUCACACACUACUGUUUACACAGGAACAGCCAACAUCUUCAACCUUUCCCUGAGGUUUUGACAAUGACUUUUUUGGAAUGUGCCUCUUAAGACCAUUUCCAAAUAUAGGUGUGUUUAAGACCUUGGCUAAUGUUUUGCUGUUCAGAAGGUUGUGGUUGUUUUACUAAAUGCCCUACUCAUCAAUAAGUAGGAAGCUGUUCCUGUGAAAAUGUUUUAUGUUGUCAACUGGACAUCAUAAUCGUCAGACAACUUGUUAUCAACGAAUAAUGUGAACAUUGUUUCUUAACAAAACUGGGGCUUGAGAUGGAAUGUGUGUAAAUAUUUUGCAGUCUGUUUAUAUGCACCUCUAGCUCAAGGGAGCUGUGGUAAAGAAAGUUAUAUUUAAUUCUAAAAGUCAUUUCAAAGGUUUGGCAAGAUGUUCAGCACUGUAGAAAAUGUUUACUUCCACGGCGGGAACAUGCCUCUGUUAAUAGAUGUUAGUAGAAGUAUUUAAAAUAUUCGUAGUGUGGCCUACUCCAGUCGCAGCCUCUCAUGUGUUCUCACACACGUGAUCCUUCUGCAAAAAAAAGUGUUGUUUUGAUAGGAUUCUUCUGUAGAAUUACAUGUUGCUCUUAUUACACUGACAAUUAAGUUAAACAUAGAUAUAGUCUUACUAUAGAUGUCAGAGGGCCAUCCAGAGUAAUAGACGCAUUUAUUCCUAAAAGAACUGCUGUGUUUUGCAAAAGCAGAAACGGACUGUGACCAAUACAACUAAACAAAUUACCCCUGAAACGGGCUUGUUGGACAUACUGAAGAGAUGUUCACAUAUCCUUCUGUCAAAAUGUGAUCAUUAUGAUCUUUCUUUGGUAUUCUAUUUUGAGGUUUUCCCUUCUGAAGUCUAUAUAUGUCCUCUGAAACACAGUCAACUUUUUUGUUCAAAUUUCUUUGAUGCACAUUAUUGUGUUGGAUCUGAAAGUGCUUUUUGUUUCGGAAUGACACCAUACUAAAAUUCCCUUUGUAAAUCUGUUGAAAUAGCCUAAUUUUGUCAGGAAUGGUUCUUUCUAAUAAAGUUAAUCUAUAGUAUCACAGGAAUGGUUUGAUAGUUACAGAAAGGAGGAAAAGUUAAUGGAAAGGUGUAUAACAUGGUGACAGAGUCCCAAGAGAGGGAGGGUAUUGUCGAUAUACAACCUUGACUUCAUAUGGAACUCCAUAAGCCAAGGGCUGAGCAAAGAUUUGUACAUUUGUCACAUUUCAGUACAAUUAUUCAUUAAAAUGAAUGACAUGUUUCAGCAGACAGACCAAGACAGGAGAUAGUUGAUGGUAGGGGAGAGUCAUUUUAUUUGGUUAAUGUUUUAUAUAAAUGGAAAUCCAUGGAGCCAGCCAGUGGGUUGAUAUCAACUACAUUUUUUGUGACUGAAAAACCAAGCGUAGACAUGCUUUCAAUAUUUUAUAAAAGAAGCGUCAAACAUGGGUUUUCAAACUGUUUUGGCUUAGAGUUGGGAUGAGGGUAAUUAGUGAAGGUUUACAUAUAGCAUGGCAGAUUUCAUUUCAUUUACAAGAGGAAAAGCUGCAUAAACCAGAUGAUUAAUUUAAAAUAAAAGUUCUCAAUAAAGUUCUAAUGAACAUUGUUACAAGACAUAAGCCCAAAAAUAAAUUACUUGUACAUUCAAACACUGCACUGAAGAUCAGAAACAUUCACACUAUUAUCCUUUUGGAGAGGAUAUUGUAGAAGAGAUAAAUUGCUGAAGAGAGGGAAGAUGAAGGUAGCGACAAAAUAUCUAAAACAAAUACAUCAAGAAUACGAUCAAAGGAACAAGGCGCCAAUUGUGCAUUACUGAAAACUGAAGCUAACUUAAUCACACACAAAAUAUCUAAAUAAAAAUACUCUGAUGACUGAAAUAUGAUAUAGACUACAGUUUCUUAUAUUAGUAUACAAUGGGAAACAUGAUUCUUACUGUCAAUCGUAAACAGUAAUGUAUUUUAACUGCAGGCUGAAAUAUAUCAAUCUAGAUGUAAAACAAGUAAACAGCUUUAAAUCAUAAUGCGCCGUCUGUCAAUGUGGCAUAGGAAGAAUGAACAGAAAGUGGUAAGUUCCUUAAUGGUGUUACUUUUGACCAUAUAAUAGCAGUCAAUAGAAUCAAUAGAUUGUAUUCUGAAAAUAUAACGUGCUUUUUAUUCAUAAUAGAAAAUUAACUGUUCAUAGAAUAGACUUUUCAGGGUAUUGAAAAUAAAUGUAUGAUUCUCAAUUGUAAAAAUAAAAAAAUAACAUACAGUGGGGCAAAAAAGUAUUUAGUCAGCCACCAAUUGUGCAAGUUCUCCCACUUAAAAAGAUGAGAGGCCUGUAAUGUUCAUCAUAAGUACACAUCAACUAUGACAGACAUAAUGAGAAAAAAAUCCAGAAAAUCACAUUGUAGGAUUUUUUAUUUAUUUAUUUGCAAAUUAUGGUGGAAAAUAAGUAUUUGGUCAAUAACAAAGGUUUAUCUCAAUUUGUUAUAUACCCUUUGUUGGCAAUGACAGAGGUCAAACGUUUUCUGUAAGUCUUCACAAGGUUUUCACACACUGUUGCUGGUAUUUUGGCCCAUUCCUCCAUGCAGAUCUCCUCUAGAGCGGUGAUGAUUUGGGGCUGUUGAUGGGCAACACAGACUUUCAACUCCCUCCAAAGAUUUUCUAUGGGGUUGAGAUCUGGAGACUGGCUAGGCCACUCCAGGACCUUGAAAUGCUUCUUACGAAGCCACGCCUUCAUUACCCGGGCGGUGUGUUUGGGAUCAUUGUCAUGCUGAAAGACCCAGCCACGUUUCAUCUUCAAUGCCCUUGCUGAUGGAAGGAGGUUUUCACUCAAAAUCUCACGGUACAUGGCCCCAUUCAUUAUUUCCUUUACACGGAUCAGUCGUCCUGGUCCCUUUGCAGAAGAACAGCCCCAAAGCAUGAUGUUUCCACCCCCAUGCUUCACAGUGGGUAUGGUGUUCUUUGGAUGCAACUCAGCAUUCUUUGUCCUCCAAACACAACAAGUUGAGUUUUUACCAAAAAGUUAUAUUUUGGUUUCAUCUGACCAUAUGACAUUCUCCCAAUCUUCUUCUGGAUCAUCCAAAUGCUCUCUAGCAAACUUCAGACGGGCCUGGACACGUCUGACACUGCAGGAUUUGAGUCCCUGGCGGCGUAGUGUGUUACUUUGGUCCCAGCUCUCUGCAGAUCAUUCACUAGGUCCCCCAGUGUAGUUCUAGGAUUUUUGCUCACCGUUCUUGUGAUCAUUUUGACCCCACGGGGUGAGACCUUGCGUGGAGCCCCAGAUCGAGGGAGGGAGGACAGAAAGCCUCAGACAAUUUACAGUGUAUGCAUAUUUUAGUGGUUAAUGUAAUAUUUGGAAUAGCCGAAUAGUUGCCAAUUAAAAUAAUAUUUGCACCAGACUAGUAAAUAAGUAUUCUUCAGUGUGCAAACCAUACAUAUGAAACUAAUAAUCUGAGGAAUGCAUCUAAUAUUACAGUGAAUAAUAUACCAUAAGCAUUUGAGGACAGCCAGAGGAUUGCCUUUACGCAGAAGCCAUCAAAUGUUCUCUAUGUAUUUAGUUUUAGCUUAAAGAAGAUAUGCAUUUACUGAGCUAGCUGGGUGCAGUAUCCCUCUGAAGAUGAGUCUUCUGCAUUAGAAGUGUAUGAUGUGCACAAAAUGAUGGUAAAUACAGCAUGUUCACAAUCAGAAUACAUUCUAGAAAACAAGCCAACCGAGCUACCUCUUCUGAAAAUAUUGGGUGAGAUGGGUAACUUGACUAGACUUGACAGACGUUAACAAACACUGAAUACAUCAGGGAAGAGCUUUACGAAACAUAUCCUUGGGUUGUGU